AUGGCUGCUGCGGCGACGACCACCGGGCUCGAGGCGCCAGAGCCCAUGCCGAGUUACGCACAGAUGUUGCAACGAAGCUGGGCCUCAGCGCUGGCGGCAGUACGGGGCUGCGGGGACUGCGGCUGGGGACUGGCGCGCCGCGGCCUGGCGGAGCACGCGCACCUGGCUGCACCCGAGCUGCUGCUAGCCGUGCUCUGCGCUCUGGGGUGGACAGCGUUGCGCUCGGCAGCCACCACGCACAUCUUUCGGCCCCUGGCCAAGCGGUGUCAUCUGCAGCCUAGAGAUGCCGCCAGGCUACCUGAGAGCGCCUGGAAACUUCUGUUCUACUUGGCCUGUUGGAGCUACUGCGCGUACCUGCUCCUGGGCACCAGUUACCCUUUCUUCCAUGACCCGCCCUCUGUCUUCUAUGACUGGAGGUCAGGCAUGGCCGUGCCCUGGGACAUAGCGGUCGCCUACCUGCUGCAGGGAAGUUUCUACUGCCAUUCGGUCUAUGCCACCAUGUACAUGGACAGCUGGCGCAAGGACUCGGUGGUCAUGCUGGUGCAUCACGUGGUCACCCUACUCCUCAUCGCCUCUUCCUAUGCCUUCCGGUAUCACAAUGUCGGCCUCCUCGUGUUCUUCCUCCAUGAUGUCAGUGAUGUACAGCUGGAGUUCACCAAACUCAACAUUUACUUCAAGGCCAGGGGUGGGGCCUACCAUCGCCUGCACGGACUGGUGGCCAACCUGGGUUGCCUCAGCUUCUGCUUCUGCUGGUUCUGGUUCCGCCUCUACUGGUUCCCGCUCAAGGUUCUGUAUGCCACCUGCCACUCCAGCCUGCAGUCCGUGCCCGACAUUCCGUACUACUUUUUCUUCAACACUCUGCUGCUGCUCCUCACAGUCAUGAACAUCUAUUGGUUCCUGUACAUUGUGGCUUUCGCAGCCAAGGUGCUGACUGGUCAGAUGCGUGAGCUGGAAGACUUGAGGGAAUAUGACGCUCUGGAAGCUCAGACGGCCACGCCCUGCAAAGAUGAGAAGCCGCUGAGGAAUGGCCUCGUUAAGGACAAGCUCUUCUGAGUCUGUCCUCAACUCCCGCCAUCCAGGACUCUGUCUCAUCCUACCUGGGAUACUGGCCCC